AAUGUGCUAUUUGCAUUAGUGUAAAGUUAGUGUGACGUAGGUAUAUAUUAUUGUUUAACUCGGCAUAAACAAAUGUGGCUUUCGAAUUAGUGAAAUUUUGUCGUGAGGAAUUUCAUCAAUAAAGAUAUGUUCGAUUUUAUGGAAAACAAAUAGAAGAAAUGUUACAAAAUGGCAGAAUUUCUACCUCUUUGCGACGUGCUAUUCAAUGUUAUAUCCCUCGCCGGAUACUUCUGCGACGUGGUCUUCGAUCUCGUGAUGGGUUAUGCAUUAUUAGAAAGAGGAUAUAAAUGUACAUUUGCAGCCACAAUAUCUAUUGUUAUCACAUCACUACUUAUAUCCCAAGUUCUUUCUCUACGUUGGUACCUGCACGUUUGGUGGGCGAAUGAGGAUCGGAAGGGAAGACCGCCCUGGUUGCCCAUAGUUCUGCACUGUCUGCAGAUGGGCGUCCUCUGGAGAUACGCCCGUUUGUUGGUGCCAGUGGAGCUUAGACGUGUGAAACAUCAAGUUCGCGAUCUUUGUAUGUUGCGACUAGUACACGCGUUCUGCGAGGCGGCGCCGAUGCUGCUGCUGCAGCUGCACAUACUGCUGAAGGACUCUGAGCUGGAGUCCGGCGACGAGCUUGGGACGGCCCUCGAGCCGAACAUCGACGAGCCCGCAGCGAACAAGGCGUUCGCGGAGUUGAACGUGAUAUCGGCGUCGCUGUCGCUGUUCUCGGUGUGCUGGGCGCUCGCCAGCUUCAGCAAGAACGUGCGUCUGCAGAACGUCCACCGCCUGGUGCUCACCUGGCUCGGCGUUAUUUUCCAGUUUUUGUGGCGGUUGGGGACGGUAUCUGCGAGGAUAUGCGCGCUGACCGUGUACGCUCUAGUCUAUGAAUAUUGGGUAUUUUUAGUUAUAGGUCUGCACUGGGUGUCGAUGUUCCUGUGGCUGAUGUCGCCGAAGAGCGUGUUCCACGGGGAGCGCAUCAGCCGACCGCGGCGUGCGGCUCUGUCAGCUCUCAUCGCCUUCGUCUACGUCUUCGCUUACGUCAACCUGCAAGAACAUAACCAUAGGCAGAAGAUGGUGAUAUUCUACUGCGUGAUGUGCGUGGAGAACGGCGUGCUGGUGGUGGCGUGGUGGUGGGGCGGGCGCGGCGGUGCGCGGGGCGGAGCCCUGCCCGCCGCCGCCGCCGCCGCCUUCCUCGCCGGACUUAUAUGCAUGAUGCUGUACUACCGAUACUUCCACGUGCGGCGGCUGGGCUACAUGCUGGGCGAGCAGCACGGCACCAACAGCACCAACGCUUCGUCAGAUACCAAAAACGGCAAGCCGAAGGCGGCGGACAACACCGCGAUACCGGGCGUGUUCAACUGCCGCUUCUCCAACCCCGUCAACAGCAGCGCCACGAACGCUCGCAAGAAAAAGAAGCCGACGUCGUUCGUGCCGCCGCCCGCCGCCACCGCCGCCUUCUGGCGCCGCCCGCUGCCCGCCGCACACAACCAUCAUGGUGGUUCAUCGGAGAACGAAGGCUCGAGCGUCGGUUCUCGCGUCAACAUCCAGCAGAAACUGCAGGAGAAGAAGCAGAAGCAGCUGGCGGAACUGCGCGUCAUCGAGGAGGAGAUCAAGCAGGGCAAGCUCGCCAAGACCGCGCCCGUCGCCGUCGAGGAGAUCUACAGCAGCCUGCAGCGCCAGCCCAUCCCGCGCGCCAAGACGCACGACCCCGCCUGGCCCGACCCCGCCCACUACCAGAACUACCCCUGCUACCCCACCUACACCGAGAUCAAGCGGGACUACUUCCCCGCCGACGCCGCCGAGUACAAGGAGCGCACGUUCUACGAGAACCCCGGCGACAUGCGGGGCGAUGUGACCACCUACCUGGCGCUCGAGACGCGGAACUACGAGGCCGGCGCCUGCCGCAGCCCGCGGAACGUGCUCGCCGGCAGCCCGCGGACCGCCUACGUAGCCGACGUCACCGCCCCCGCCUACGAUACGUCCGCCCUCGAUAAAGCCCGCCUGGCGAAUCAGACGGCGAGCAUAUACUCGGAGGGACAUCGACGAAGCGAUUUCGGCUACGACGAGAGCGGGCAGGGCUACAUGAAGAGCGAGUACGGCCUCGGCGGACUCGCGAAUGCCCAGGCGAUAGACGGCAUGCGGGGUAUAUACACGGAGGCGUGCAACCAGUACGGACAGACGGACAGGUUCCCGUACGCGGGCAAGAAGGCGGAGCACAUGCGGAAGAUACAGCGGUGCCGCACGCCCGAGAUCCUGCUCGCGCCGCACUACCUCGAGGGCUGCAACAGGCAGGCCUGCUGCCACUGGAGCGGCUCGUAUGCGAACCGCAAGAAGGAGGAGGGUGGAGGCGGCAGCAGCGGGGAGGAGUCCGCCGCCGCCGACACGCCGCGCCCACCCAGCGACAUCGACAGUCAGAUAUCUCUACCACGGUCGUACACGUUGCCGCGCGAGUUCCGCUACUGGCGGAGGCGGCCGCGCGCGCGCGACGCCCACCUGCCCAGCAACAACAGCAGCGACGGUGACGUGGACAGCGGCGACAACGACAGCACGGGAUCGAGCGCGCGCGGCGUGCGGCCCGACAUGCUGCCGCCGCACGAGCGACGUCGCCGCGCGCGCCGACCGCCCCCCACGCACCCGCACAAGCCCGAAACCAAACUAUAGCCCGUCUAGGAAUAAUACUCAUUGCUUUUCAAAGAUUUCUUGGAACGAAGUUCCUUAUCGCGCGUUACGA